AUGGCGUCCACAAAUAAAAUUCACAACCGAUCGCACAGUUUGUUGCUGCUGCAGAAGCUGUUGAAUCUCCGCGACGCGGCGAGUCCUCUCACCCUCAUCCUGGAUAACCUUGAGCAGCCAGCACAGCCAGUGGUCGACGAAUUUGUUACCCGGGCCAAGAUUUCCAAAACCAAAGUGAUUUUGCUAUCAUUUGCAACGGUCAAAAAGCCCUCGAAUGUGGAUGUGUUUGUCAAGGCGUCAGGCAGAGAUUUAAGAGUGGUAGCGAAGGAAUUGGUUGCGCAGUACCCUGUGUUUAAUCCGACGCAAGGACGGGAGAAGCCAUUACAACGGGCGGUUGUUCUCAUCGAUUCACUCAACAAUCUGGCGUCCACGGCAGCCAGCUCUCUCGCCAGCUUCCUAUCCAGCAUCCUCACGCCAGCAGUAUCAAUAGUAUCCACAUACCACAUCGAUGUGCCGGUGCUACUCCCCCCGUCAUUCAACGAGUACGAACCACACCCCUUCACAAUCCUAAACCACCUCGCUACAGCGAUCCUACGCCUCAGCAGCCUCCCCCAAGAAAUCGAGAGACAAAAAGCGCGUAACCGUGCGGUCCAAGAACCAGAAUGGGGACUCAAAGAAGAGCGCGAAGGCGUCAUCAUAGGGCUCACGUCACGGGGCAAAGAUGAAGAUAGAGGCGUCGUCAUCGGCAUGGAACUCAGGCGCAAGAGUGGGAGGACGGUCACGGAAAAGUUCAUCCUGCAACGGCACGUGGCGGCGUCGAAAUCAGGCACCAGCCGACUCACGCUCUUGACGGAUCAUGCCAUGUUUAAGAUGCCGGAGGCGGAUGCGGCAGAGGAGGAAGAGCCGGAGAGUACGUUUAAUUUGGGGUUGACGGAGAAGCAGAGGAAGGAUAGGGAGGGGAUUGUGUUGCCGUAUUUUGAUGCGCAGACGGAUAUUGGUGCGGGAGAAGGGGGUAGGAUAUUGUACGAAAUGGGGAGGGAGGACGACUUUGACGACGAAGAAGAUGAGAUUUAA